AUGCAAGACUAUGAGAAAGAAUUGCUAGCUGACUUCGACAGUGACAGCGACGUAAGCUUGGAAGAGGAACCCUUGGUUGAAAAUUCGACCGAAAACGAGGCAAAAUCCGGUGAAAAUUCAACCAACAACCACGAAAAAACAUUUUUUACACAACUAAGCGAGUUGAUUGCCUCCAAUACCGUAGCAGGUUCACUUUCGGCGAUUCUAAGUGAGCCAGACAUAAGCAGCAUUGAAGAUAUCACUGUCUUCUCGAAGGUAUACCCACUUAUUCCUCAAUUGAAGAAGCAUAUAGAGUUGUAUUCCAACGAGGAGACAACUGAUUUUUUGGAACUCCUAUCUUCUAUUGAUGAUAGUGAAGACCAAUCGGAAGAGUACAAGUUCAUUCUUUUGGUAAACGAGCUUCUGGGUAUCAUUAAUCAGGAAAUUAUAGCCUACCAUCAGCUUCUCAAGACUCAGUAUAAAGUAGUGUUUCCAGAGCUUGAAACGUUGGUGCUUAACCCCAUAGAUUAUGCUCGUAUUAUAGCGAUAAUCAAACAGGACUUGAAGAAUAUCCGUUCAUAUGACGAACAAAUGAAGGCGAUAGUGUCCAAUGAAAAGAUUCUUGUCAUUAUAAUGGCGGCUCUUCAGCAGCUAGGCCAACAAUUUGUACUCAAUGAUAAAGAUAUGAACAGCAUAAUUGAUUGCUGUGUCAUUUUGCUUGAAUUAUAUGAAAUAUUACAGCUUCUAUCGAACUUCAUAACUCAAAAGCUCACUAAGUUUGCACCUAAUGUGAGUGCUAUUGUCGGUUCUAUUACAACUUCGCAAUUGUUAAUAGCAACAGGUUCUUUAAAACUGUUGGCCAUGACUCCUUCGUGCAACUUGGCGUCCUUAGGAAUCAGAGACCUUUCAUCAAAGACGAAAUCCAAAUCUAGAACCGUACGGCAAACAGGCUAUUUAUAUCAUUCUGAAGUUGUAAAGUAUCUUCCUGAGGAUAUAGUUCGUUCGACAAUGCGUAUAGUAAGCGGAAAAGUGAUUUUGGCCGCUCGUGUAGAUUUGGCAGGCUCUUGUCCUGAUGGUUCCAUUGGUCAUACGUAUUUGGAAGAGAUUAGGAAGAAGAUCGACAAGCUCUUGACUCCUCCUGAACACCAACCCGACAAGGCAUUGCCUGCUCCAGUAGAUGUGAAAUCAAAAAAGAGAGGAGGUAGACGAUUCAGGAAGAUGAAGGAAAGGUUCCAGAUGUCUGAUUUACGCCGAGCCCAGAACAAGAUGGAAUUCGGCAAGGAAGAAGAUUCUGUGACAGACAGUUUUGGUGAAGAAAUUGGAUUGGGUAUGAGCAGAACGAAUGGAGGCAGUGGAAGAAUUGGAGAGAUUAGAGUGAAUACUAAUACUGGAGCCAGAAUGUCAAAGGGCAUGGUUCACAGAUUACAGAAACAUGAACAGAGUGCCAAAAUUCAGAGAAUUGACAAGGGUAUAUUUGACCAAGACUUUGACAGCAUUCUUUUGGUAAACCCUAGUAGUAAAAAAAGCAGCGAGAACAAGCUCAAUGGUUCAAGUAGUCUGACAAUUGGAAGCAAGUGGUUUACAGGAAUGAGCAAGAGGAAAAAUGAGGACGAUGGUGGCAACGACAAGAAGAGACAACAGAAUAGUGUAUUAUAG